GGUCAGAGUUGUCAAUGUUUGUUGGCCGUAACAUUCAGCGUAGUUCAGCACCGUAAAGUCUACAAAAAUUCCGAAAAAAAAGAAAAUAAAACUUAAGCAACGUAUCGAAAUUUUUGAACAAAAUUCCACCAGUGACAUGUCUGAACUGCAAGCAUCGCUACUGCUCAAGCGGCAACUCGCUGAGUUGCAUCGCAAUCCCGUCGAAGGCUUCUCCGCCGGGCUGAUUAACGAUGAGGACAUCUUCAAGUGGGAGGUGGUCAUCAUCGGUCCGCCGGACACGCUGUAUGAGGGCGGAUGCUUCAAGGCUCAUCUAGUCUUUCCCAAAGAGUACCCGCUGCGGCCGCCACGCAUGAAAUUCGUCACCGAGAUCUGGCAUCCGAAUAUUGAGAAGAACGGCGAUGUCUGCAUCUCCAUACUGCACGAGCCGGGCGACGAUAAAUGGGGCUACGAGAAGGCCGAGGAGCGCUGGCUGCCCGUCCACACUGUGGAGACCAUAUUGCUGUCUGUCAUCUCCAUGCUAACGGAUCCCAAUGACGAGUCAGCGGCAAAUGUGGACGCAGCCAAGGAAUGGCGCGAAGAUCAUCCAGAAUUCAAGCGCAAAGUAGCGCGUUGCGUGCGCCGCAGCCAGGAGGAGGUCUAGUGGGAGGAGUUGCCCGCCGCACACCUAAAGCAAGCCCUAUUCGCACACAAGCACAGACACACCGACAGGCAGACAGACAAACACCAAAACACUCAAACGGUCAACAUUCAAGCAUGCGAAUAAACUAAGCGACUG